AUGUCAUUUGAAAUAACGUUUUUGGGUGCCAGUGGUGGUCCAUUAGAAGGCAACACGUGCUCCCUACUACUCAAGUCAACCAAUAUGAGCUAUUCGGAGUUGUUGGAAUUGGAAACUGACGUAGAUAGCAAUCCACAUACAUACAAGACCAAUAGUGAGGAAAUAUUAUGUAUUGAUGCUGGAUCGGGUAUGGGCAAACUAACGGAAAUAAUCUAUCAAGAAAGCAAGUAUCAUGAAUCAGCGUGUAACUUGUUAAACUAUUAUUUUGAUUCAGAAUCGAUUGACUAUUACUAUCACAAAGGUGUCAAAAGAAUCGAACCAUUUGUCAAUUUCAACGAAUACAAUACCAUCACAUAUGCUAAACUCCUAUUCCACAAAUUGAACAACUUCCUAAUAACGCACCCACAUUUGGAUCAUGUGUCAUCGUUGGUGAUCAAUUCAGCAGGAUUCACAGCGAACAAUCCACCAAAACAAGUUUAUGGCUCCAAAUACACAAUCAAAUCACUUCAGCAGCAUUAUUUCAAUGGAAUUGUGUGGCCAAACAUGCCAAGUUUUGAUAUACUUGAGUUGACACAGUUGGAGUUUGGAGAGACGUAUACAAUUGGCAACUAUACCGUACGAAUGUUUCCAUUAAGUCAUGGGGAAUUAAACAUGAUUGAGAGUAAGAAAGCGGGGAGGCAUUCAAGUAUUACAACAAUCCCCGCUGGUGUCAAUGAGAGCCAUUAUACAAAGUCAUCAACUAAUCGCAAAAGUAGUGAUCCAGAUGUACAUCAUUACCAAUCUACUUCUUUUUUGAUAUCGAGGAAUGAUGCGUACUUGCUUGUAUUUGGUGAUUUUGAAAGUGACAUGGUUAGCAAACUUCAUCGGAAUCAAAGGAUAUGGAAACACGUUGCACCACUAAUAUUGCAACAUCAAUUAAAAGGUGUGGUUUUGGAAUGCUCAAAUGCUCGAGAAACAGAUCCCAAUGAAUUGUAUGGUCAUUUGACUCCAAAACAUGUUAUCUAUGAGCUAAAACAGUUGGAAAGGGAGGUUAAGAAGCUAGAAGGUGGUGGCGAACUGCCGUUGAAGGGAUUAAAUGUCAUAAUCAAUCAUGUUAAAGAACCCAUACUAUCUAAUAUUCGUGAGAUUACUGAUCCACGCAAACGCAUCUUGACUGAUUUGAACAAGUAUAAUGAGGAAGAAGGUUUAAGGUGUCAUAUAUCAAUCGCUUUAAGUGGAACUACUAUAGUAUUGUAA